CUGUAUAUGUCCUUGCUCCAACUUUUUAAUUUUCUCUUUCCGAUAGAGGACCGAGGACUCUCCUGCCCUGCACCUCAGCAAUGGCCCAGGACAUGAACCUGUCACCAUGAUGACCUUUAACGUCACCAAGAUCACAAAAACCUUCUCUUCCUUUGAGCUUCGAACAUGGGAUCCAGAGGGAGUGAUUUUUUAUGGGGAUACCAACCCUAAUGAUGACUGGUUUAUGCUGGGACUUCGGGAUGGCAGACCUGAGAUCCAGUUGCACAAUCAUUGGGCCCAACUUACAGUGGGCGCUGGGCCCCGGCUGGAUGACGGGAGGUGGCACCAGGUGGAAGUAAAGAUGGAUGGGGACUCGGUGCUUCUGGGGGUGGAUGGGGAAGAGGUGCUGCGCCUGAGACAAGUUUCUGGGCCCCUGGCUGGAAAAGCCCAGCCCGUCAUGAAGAUUGCACUAGGGGGGCUGCUGUUCCACCCCUCCAACCUCAGGCUGCCGCUGGUCCCUGCCCUGGAUGGUUGCCUGCGCCACGAUGUCUGGCUGGGCCAGCAGGCCCAGACCUCAGCCCCUAUCCCCACUAGCACCAGAAGCUGUGCUGUAGAGUCCCAGCCUGGGGUAUUCUUCCCUCCAAGGGCUCAUGCAGAAUUCAGCCUCCGAGGCAUUCCCCAGCCUCAUGCAGAACCCUGGGCCUUCUCUCUGGAGCUGGGGCUCCAACUGGCAGCAGGCGCUGGCCACCUCCUUGCUCUUGGGACUCCAGAGAACUCUCCUUGGCUCAGCCUCCGCCUCCAAGAUCAAAAGGUGGUCCUGUCGUCUGCAUCUGGGCCAGGGCUGGAUCUGUCUUUGGUCUCAGGACUCCCUCUUCAGCUGAAGAUGGAUAUGUCCAGGGUGGUCCUGAGCCAGGGGCCGAAGGAAGAAGUCCUUGCUCUACCUCCGCUGGGUCUUGAGCCCCUCUCCAAUCUCUGGGCCCAGCCUCAGGGCUUCCUCUUCCUGGGGGCUGUACCAGGAGAAGUCUCUUCUGCCUCCUUUUGUUUGGAUGGCCUUUGGGCCCAAGGCCAGAGGCUGGACGUGGACCAGGCCCUGAGCAGAAGCCAGGACAUCUGGACUCACAGCUGUCCCCAGAGCUUAGGCAAUGGCACUGAUACCUCCCAUUAA